CCCCAAACAAACAAUUCGACGAGGAAGAAACCAUCAACAAGAUUAUGCGAAACUUGUUGUGGACUGUCACUUCAGUUCUAUCGUUUCAGUAAGAGGGAUGGGAGUCCUACCAGGGAGAAGCCUUUUAUGUAUACUUUUUUUAAUUAUAAUCCUCUCAGAGGGACAUUUUCGAUGGGUUGAGGCCCAGCACUGUGUGUGGUAUGGUGAGUGUGGGGAAUCCGUAAAGGUGCCUGGAAAAAAGUACAACUGCAACUACACGGGUCCUCCCCGCCCCCUAGAUGCUAAGGGCUAUGACCUUCUCACGGAGCUUUGUCCUGGAUAUGACUAUGGAAACCGAAGCCUCUGCUGUGAUGUUAACCAGUUGCAAACUCUCAAAGGGAGUCUCCAGCUGCCCCUUCAGUUCCUGUCUCGGUGUCCCGCCUGUUUCUUCAACUUGAUGAACCUCUUCUGUGAGCUUACAUGCAGCCCUCACCAGAGUCAGUUCAUGAAUGCCACGAAGAUCGACAAGCCCAAUGUAGUGGAAGUCCAGUACUAUAUUGGACAGACAUUUGCUAAUGCCAUGUACAAUGCUUGUAAGGACGUCCAGGCACCAUCCAGCAAUGUGAAGGCCUUAUCACUGCUGUGUGGGAAGGAUGCAAAGGACUGCAAUGCUACCAACUGGAUCCAGUAUAUGUUUGAUAUUAACAAUGGACAGACUCCCUUUCCUAUCAUCCCAAUAUUCACAGAUGUCCCAGUGUCUGGUUACACUCCCAUGAACAACAAAACAUAUGCCUGUACAGAGGGCCUGGAGGACGGUUCAGGUCCCUGCUCCUGUCAGGACUGCACAAAUGCCUGUGGCCCCAAACCUGUACCCCCCCCUCUCCCUCCUCCCUGGACAAUCCUUGGUAUCGAUGCCAUGACUCUCAUCAUGUGGAUCUCUUACAUGGCCUUCCUGCUUAUCUUUACUGGAGCUGUACUGGGAGCUUGGUGUUACAGGAAAAGGACCAUCAUGUCUGAGUAUGGCCCCAUAUUGGACAGCAAUAACCCACUGUCUCUCGACGGUGAUAAUCCUGACCAAGUAAAUGCAUCAUGCUGUGAAACAUUGGGUGAGCGAUUCGAGAAUGCUCUGCGGACCCUCUUCAGCUCCUGGGGUUCCUUCUGUGUGCGGUAUCCCUCUGUGGUCAUACUGGGCAGCCUGAUACUGGUGGUCUCCGCCUCUGGGGGUCUGGUCUAUAUGCGCAUCACCACAGACCCUGUUGAGCUGUGGUCAUCUCCCACUAGCCAGGCUCGUCAAGAGAAGGACUACUUUGACAGCCACUUCGGACCCUUCUUUAGAACUGCGCAGCUCAUCAUAACCACUCCACUCAAGGGAAAUUUCACCUACUCCCCAUACUUUGGAGGAUCAGAUGUCCCAUUUGGAGCCAUCCUAGACAAAGAUAUCCUGCAUCAGGUGCUGGAUCUGCAGCUUGACAUUGAAGGCAUUGUAGCCACAUACGAGGGCCAAAACGUCACCCUUAAUGACAUCUGCUUGGCUCCGCUGGCCCCGUACAAUAACAACUGUACCAUCUUGAGUGUCCUCAACUACUUUCAGAACAGCCAUGCUGUGCUGGACCACACCAUAGGAGACGAUUUCUUUGUGUAUGAUGACUUCCACGACCACUUCCUCUACUGUGUCAGUGCACCAGCAUCCCUCAAUGACACCACCCUCCUCCAUGACCCCUGUUUAGGCACUUUUGGCGGCCCCGUCUUCCCUUGGCUGGCCCUCGGGGGUUACGAUGAAACCAACUACAACAACGCCACUGCUCUCGUGAUCACCUUCCCACUCAACAACUACCUGAAUGACUCAGUUAGGCUGGGCAAAGCUCUGGCAUGGGAGAAAGAAUUCAUCAAAUUCAUGAAGAACUUCAAAAACCCUAACCUGACCAUAGCCUUUAAUGCUGAGAGGAGUAUUGAAGAUGAAAUAAACAGAGAGAGCAACAGUGACAUCAGCACCAUAGUAGUCAGCUAUGCCAUCAUGUUCAUCUACAUCUCCCUGGCCCUGGGUCACAUCCACAGCUGCAGGAGACUGAUGGUGGACUCCAAGAUUUCUCUGGGUAUAGCGGGUAUCCUGAUUGUGCUCAGCUCUGUGUCCUCCUCACUGGGGAUCUUCAGCUAUUUUAACAUCCCCCUUACCCUCAUUGUGAUUGAGGUCAUUCCUUUCCUGGUGCUGGCCGUUGGAGUGGACAACAUCUUUAUUAUAGUACAGACAUAUCAGAGGGAUGAGCGGAUGCCCCAGGAGGAACUUCACCAGCAGAUUGGUCGUAUUCUUGGAGACGUAGCCCCUAGCAUGUUCCUCUCCUCCUUCUCAGAGACAGUUGCCUUCUUCCUGGGAGCCCUGUCCAACAUGCCUGCAGUGAGGACUUUCUCUCUGUUUGCUGGCUUGGCUGUUUUUAUUGAUUUCCUGUUGCAGAUCAGUUGCUUUGUCAGCUUGCUCGGCAUGGACGCCAGGAGACAGGAGGGGAAUCGACUCGACAUUUUUUGCUGUGCGAAGCUGCCGGAAGCUCAGGAAACAAAGACGGACAGCUUCCUCUUCCGUUUUUUCAAGAAAGUCUUUGCCCCAUUCAUCCUCAAAGAGUGGGUGCGACCGAUCAUAGUGGCAGUGUUCGUGGGAAUACUCUCCUUUAGUAUUGCUGUGGUGAAUAAAGUAGAGAUUGGACUGGACCAGAAACUCUCCAUGCCAGAUGACUCGUACGUGCUGGACUAUUUUAAGAACCUGAGCAUGUAUCUCCACACUGGAGCUCCAGUGUACUUUGUGGUAGAAGACGGUCUUAACUACAGUAGCCCAGAGGGCCAGAAUGUUGUGUGUGGAGGAGUGGGCUGCAACAACGACUCUUUGGUCCAGCAGGUCUACAGCGCCUCACUCAUCAGCAACUACACAACCAUCGCCUUCACACCGUCCUCUUGGCUCGAUGACUACUUUGACUGGGUGAAGCCGCAGUCCUCCUGCUGUCGAUACUACAACACCAGUGGGGCUUUCUGCAAUGCCUCUGUGGUAAAUUCCUCCUGCGUACACUGUCGGCCCAUGACUCCCAGUGGAAAGCAGAGGCCAGAAGGAGAGGACUUCAUGCAUUUUCUACCCAUGUUUCUGUCAGACAAUCCAAACAUCAAGUGUGGAAAAGGCGGCCACGCAGCGUACGCCACAGCAGUUGACCUGUAUCCUAACAACACGGGGGUCGGAGCCACUUACUUCAUGACUUACCACACCAUCCUGAAAGAAUCCCCAGACUUCAUAGAUGCUUUAAAAAUGGCCCGAAUCCUGGCUGACAAUAUCAGUCAGUCCAUGGACCACAAAGUUUUUGCCUACAGCGUCUUCUAUGUGUUUUACGAGCAGUACCUCACCAUUGCAUAUGACACAGCUCUGAACUUGAGCGUGUCACUGGCAUCCAUAUUUGUCGUGACGACGGUGUUGCUGGGCUUCGAGCUGUGGUCGGCUGUGAUUGUCAGCAUUACCAUCGGCAUGAUCCUGGUCAACAUGUUCGGCGUCAUGUGGCUGUGGAACAUCAGCCUCAACGCAGUUUCCCUUGUGAACCUGGUCAUGUGCUGCGGUAUCUCGGUGGAGUUCUGCAGUCAUAUUGUGCGAGCGUUUUCCAUCAGUGUGAAGAAGAACAGAGUGGAGCGGGCUGAGGAGGCCCUGGCUCACAUGGGCAGCUCUGUAUUCAGUGGGAUCACAUUAACCAAGUUUGGAGGUAUCCUAAUCCUGGCGCUUUCCAAGUCGCAGAUCUUCCAGGUCUUCUACUUCAGGAUGUACUUGGCCAUAGUGUUGCUGGGGGCCACGCACGGCCUCAUCUUCCUCCCUGUACUGCUCAGUUAUAUCGGUCCUUCUGUGAACAAAGCAAAGGUGUUUGCUGCUAACAAGCGCUAUGCUGGUACAGAAAGGGAGCGCCUCCUCAACUACUAGCAGGCUGUUUGGGAACAACAAUGAACAAUGAACUAUUUGUCUGAAAGGGACUGUGUGGGUGUGCGCGCAAGCCGUUUCUGUGAUUACUGACACACUCAUCAUCGUUGCCACUACUAUGCACGGAUUUAACUCAGGAAUAUACUUGGGAGUAGAAGUGCCAGAUGUGUCCAACUGUAAGCUUAUUGCUUUUCCUCAGAAGACUUUGGACCCCCACCAUUCGUCCUCCUCACACUACAGGACAAGCCUGACUUUGGCAUUUGAAGCAUGGGUGACAUACCACUGAACAAAAAAAUGCACUGUAUGCUCUGACAGUGUGGAAGUAGGAGAGACACCACCCCCAACAUCAGUUACAGACCAACUCUGUCAGUUCCAUAUGCUAUGAGCUAUUUUGAUUUGGGGAAAAAAACGUCAAAAGUGUAAAACUGGACAGUUUUUUUUCCAUGAUUUUAAAUAUAUUUACCAGGAUGAAAAUCAAAUGUGUAAUGGUAAAUUAUUUUGAAACUUUUACUUACGUGGGACUUUUGUAGAACUGUUUGAUAUUAUGAAUAAUUUGUUUACUGGAACAGAGCACACAGUGGAGCUGAGAGAUAACAAUGAUGAUAUUAAAGGCCCUCAUAAUACCUGGAAUUAACAUGUAUCAUAUGUGUCUACAUACUGUAUUAUAAAUCAUGCCAGCUAGUUGUAGCAUUUUCAGCUAGCAAUAAUGUGUUUCCUGUGCAACAAUGUAAGUAUUUGGGCAGUAAUGUUGUCACUGCAGCAUACUGGAUUUGAAUGUUGAAGGUUUUGGGAGUGUUCACAUCCAUGUUGGGAGAGCAGUGUAGGAAUUGUAGCCCCUUUUACCUUUCGUAGUAUACAUUUAAAAAAAAAACAAAAAAAAAACAACAACAACUGGUGCAACAUUUCAUUUUAGAGCUAGUUAAUGUCUGACCUUGUGAGGUGUUUGCAUGCUUUUACAAAAAACCCUGUGUGACAUCAGUCAAGAUACGUGUUAAUGCCAGGUGAACAGGGUGCUAUCAGGCCAAUAAUGGUUUUACACUGAAGUGUAAAUGAGACAUUUUGCAGUUACUGAACAUAACAUUUGUUGCAUUAAGAAUUAAAGAGACGAAGCUUUACAUUUAACUGUAAGUAGCUUCCACAGGACUAAUUUAGAAGUAUUCCUACGGUAUGUCAUUUACUGUGUUGAGACAGAAUACUGUAGAGUGACUGAAUGGUACAGUCCUGAGUUUUUCAUUCCAACACAAUUAAGUUAUUCUUUUUUUAUUUAGUUAACUAUUAACAUUUUGUUACUAUGCAUACCUCAAAAACUUCCAGUGACCUUGAAAGUAAAGGAAUCACUUUGUUUUCAAGGAAACCAAAAUCAUCCCAGCAGCAUGUUCAGCUGCACCUCAACAUGUCUGAGAUUGGAGCUAGUCGAGAUGAUGACACAUCCAGGUGGUGUGAUCCCACCAGAUUAAUUUGAAUAGGGUUGUGACAUCAUUGGAACAGGAUAUUAUGUUUAUGUUUUUUUUUUUGUUUUUUUUUGGAAUGUAAGAAAUAAUUGUGUUGAUUAACAGUUUAAUGUAAAAAAAAUGUUUAUGAGCAACCGACUGAAAAAGUUGUAACAUGAAUAACGAAGAAUUGUGCUUGCUAACAGUGCUGUGCAUUGACAUGGACAAAUCAUCUCUGCAUUGAAGAAUAUGAUUGUGGGAAAAAAACUAAAAAAAGUAUAGGAAUACUUUAGUUUUUAACAAUUUUAACACAUAUUAAAUAGUUAUCAGAAAAAUAUGUGAUGGAGCCUGCUUCUUGUUAUUUCCCAAAUGAUUUGUUUUUGUUUUUGCAGAUGUACAAUUGAUUUAAUAUAAUACCCUAGAAUAAGGUACCAGUUAAACAUAAAAAGCCGCUAUGAAAAAAUUCUUUAAGUCAGAUGUUUUUCAGCUCCUGCCUGAAGAAGACUUCUUGUAACAAAAUCUAUAGUAGUAACUGCAGCAAAUGCGUCAAUAGCGUAAACAACACAGUUAAAAUUGUUCAGACUGACCACUGUGUGGCGCCUGAAUCUGCUCAUGCAGCUCUGUCUGCAUCAUGCUCUCAGUAAUUUAGUGGGAGUGACCUCAUUUUUAUGUCUUGAAGAGAAGCAGUCUUGCCUCAAUGAAUUACAUUUCUGCAGGGUGCAAGUAUUACAAAUGCCAUAAAUGCCAAACACAUUUAAAUGGAGCUGGUUGUCCAGGGUCUAUAACUCUGCAGCUUUCAAAUAUUUACAUCAAAACUUCACAAACACAUCACUCACUCACAUCCCAUUUUAAAGUGGCUGCCAAACCCCUGAGCUGUGGACUUCCUCCCAGCGUGAGUUGUUGUGUCUGUCUGUCCUGCCCAGUUGUCACACAAACCUCCAGCUCAUGACUUAUUUAUCCGCUGCUCUGUGAGAGCAGGGAAUGUUCUUUGAAUCUGGCUGAGAGAUUAAAAUAUUAAUCACCUGCAGGUCAGUUUUGCUGUUUGCAGGGGAGAAUAUACUGGUUAUGAGGGCCGUAUUAUGUAAGAUGUGCGAGGCUCACCUCUUACCAGACUCUGACCCGUCCCCAUCUUUCAUUAUGACAGACACACAGAUACUGCACACAGCAAGGGGGUUCUAGUUUAAAAAGGUGCGGAAAACAUUUGAGAAACAAAACAAGUAGAAAAAGAAACUGCAUUAAAAUUGCUGUCUUUGAUGACAAAUGUAACUGAAUAACAUGAAUCCCACAUUUUAGGCUAAAAACCAAUCACAGAAGUGCAUGGCCCUGCUUACAUGAGUACUGUAAGGAUUGUAAUGCCUUUUUAUGUUAUGUUCAAAUUUUGCUUGCCAAUGAUUCCUAAAAUAUCAAAUGAUCUAUUAAAGCAUACAAAAA